UCCGCUCCGCCACGCCUCCUCCGAUUUCAGUCGCUUGUCUUGCCGUGGUCUCCAGACUCCAGGCCCCGCUUCACUUCGCCAUGGAUCCUAACUGCUCCUGCGUCACCGGGGAAUCCUGCACGUGCGCCACCUCCUGCAAAUGCAAACAGUGCAAAUGCACCUCCUGCAAGAGGAGCUGCUGCUCCUGCUGCCCCGUGGGCUGUGCCAGGUGUGCCCAGGGCUGCAUCUGCAAAGGGGCAUCGGACAAGUGCAGCUGCUGCGCCUGAUUUCUGGGAGAGCCUGCCCCCCAUGUAAAUAGAGCAACGUGUGCAAACUGCAUUUUUCUUUUUUCAUACAAUGCUGACCCAAUUGCUACAUUCCCUUUUCUAUUAAAUACGUGAGUGACAAUAAAAGUUGUUGACUUUA